UACGAGAUAUGGUAGAGUCAAGAUCCGAGUCAGAGGUCAUCAAUUCUCAACAAACGCUUCUAAAUGGCGGCAUGCAUGAAGAACGGGAGCGAUAUCUUCAGAUAAAAGUCUUCAUGCAGGGUAAGCCUUAACUUUCUGUCAAGAUGUCGGCCACAGAUUCCAGCUUUGCUGACUCUAGUUUUGACCAAAGUAUGCAGGAUGACGAUUUGCCCUUAUCGGGUCAGACGUCUAGACAGAACAGUACGUCUUCUCUGCCUGGCUUGAACGAUGGAGGACUUCAGCUGACAGAUGAUGAUGACGAUACUUCUGAUGCGUAUCGUAAUUACAAAGACAGACGGCGGAAUGCCCACACGGCGGCUGAACAAAAGAGAAGAGAUGCCAUAAAGAAAGGUUACGAGGAGCUGCAGAUGAUUGUUCCAACUUGUCAACAAGUGGACAGCGUGGGCUCCCAGAAGCUCAGCAAAGCAACCAUCCUUCAGAGAUCGAUUGACUACAUCCAGUAUUUGGCACAGCAGAAGAAAAAACAGGAGCAAGAGGUAGAGAACCUGAGAAAGGAAGUCAUGGCCCUCAAGAUCAUGAAAAGUAAUUACGAACAGAUUGUGAAAGCUCACCAAAACACACCGGGACAAGGCCAGAAUCAAGUAUCGGACCAGGUCAAGUUUGAUGUGUUCCGCGCCAUCAUGGAUUCACAGUUCCAGUCUUUCAAUGACUCCAUCUCGGUCGCCAGUUUUGCCGAGCUCUCAGCGUGUGUAUUCAGCUGGCUGGAAGAGUACUGCAAACCACAGACGUUACGAGAGCUGGUGUUCAAUGUUUUGAGGAAACUUCAUCAAAACCAGACCAUCUGAUCACCCAUGGAAUCUUAAGCUUACAGUUCCUUCACAGUUUUGGAUCAUCCUGCUGUUUCUGUCCGCUGGAAUUAUUUAUUGCACACAGUAGAAAAACAAGCCAUUUUAGAGAAGACGACCAGUUAGCAUACCUUGAUUUCGAAAAUGAAUUCUCCAAAAUACAUUUUGAAAUUAACUGCAUUUUGUUGAGUAAUUCCAAAAUUUUCUGGCACCUUUGGGUGCUGUUAGAUUGUGUAAUCUAACGAAUCUAUGAAAUUUUCAACAUUACUUCAGGUGAUGAACGUCCAGUGUGCUAAAUAUUUUUUUUACGUCUGCAUUACUUAUCGCUUUUGACAUGCUCUGUGUCUCACAAAGCUCUGAAAGUGAAAAUACUUCUGGCACGUUUGAGGUUAGCGAAACUGAGAUAAAAGUGUCACAUAUAUUUUUGGUGGUGACUAAAAGGGAGGCAUUUUGUAACUGGCUAGAUGGUGGCAGACCUAAAGGAGACUGAUUUCCAAACCUGCUGAGCUGACCAACAAGUAAGAGGAAAAUGGCCUAUUUGGAUAAAUGGUGGUCGUCCUGUGGAUUGUGUCUGGUUUCUUGUGGGUUUGCAUACGUAUAUCUAGAUGUUUCACUUGUUUUAAAUAUCAUUGAGGACGUCAACAGGAAACAUGAACAAGGAGAGGUUGGAAAACUCAAAAUUAAAAAGUAAUUAAAGACAAAGUUGAGAGCAGAUUGUCAGUAAAGUAAUUCUUUCACCGAAUCGACCACUAAAUAUUGUACAGUAUUACCCUCAUUUUCAGUGUCAUGUAGGGUAGUUGUUUGACGUCACUCGUCUUUUUGAUGGAAUUUAUUUACCCUCAUCCCUUUUUGCUGGACACAUUAUAAGAAACUCGUGAAUUUCUUUUUCUUUUUUUUUUUAAAGCAGAGAUAGGUGCAUUUGGGCCAGUGGUUACUGGCUGCACGUAAGCAUUGACAUGUCUCACAAAGCUUUCAAGUUAUUUAAAAAUUUGACUUCAUUGUAUUUCUGUCUAUUGCAUGAUAGGGGGGGUCAUUUUCUUUGAAAGUACUCAAGAAAUGCAUAUUAUCAAAGCCACGUUAAUUUGGAAAUUACCUCAAAACACCAAUUAAAAAUGGUAAAAGAGGUCGUUGGAAAUUAAUUAUAAAAUUUGAUGGAUGUAUUGAAAGUCAAGUUGAUUGUUGCAGCAGUCUGUUCUAAGCUUAAGAGAAACUUUGCCAAAGUAGAUUCUACAAUAUGGAAAUGUUAAUAUUUUGUGUGUGGGCUGCAAGGAGCUUGAAGCAUCGGUGACAUUUUGAGACAAUAUUCUGCAAUGAGGGUCUUCAGGUAGAAAGCAGUUUCACCAUUAAACAAGGUUUCGGUAUCACCAUGCUUAUUACUUUGCCAUUUGAGACUGUAAACAUUGUCUCAACAAUGUGGAAUCCACAAGUAGGAUUGUUUCAUUAUUAUUUGACUGCAUGUGGCAAAAAAAAAAGAUAUUUGAGGAAAUUACAGCAAGAAGAAAUGACACAGUCUUUCUCUGCAAAAUGUGACAACACAGCAUGAGGCCGUUGAUAUUCAAAGUGCUUUGGUGGAUUGGCUCACUUAAUUAUACACUCCAGUUUCAUGAGUUCAAGAUAUAUCUAGACUUAUUUAUUUCCCUGUAAUCUCUAUAAGGAAACAAUCCCUAUAAGGAAACAAACUUCAUAUUAAUUUGCAAGACUUUAGAUUGGCAUUGAAGAAUUCCACCAUGGAGACUUACGAUUUGCACCACCCAAGCAUUCAAGUUCUCUAGGUUGAGAGGAGAUCUGUUGUUAUUGGGCAAGCGAAAAAAAAAUAAAUUCUUUACUUUUGACCAAUCAAAUUUAUUCAUACAUGUAUGUUAAAUGAAAGGGUAAAUCGUACUUAAUUUGAUGUUUACUGUAAAGGAAGUGAUUUUGUUGAACUCAGUGAACAAACUUGCACGAAUUUUGUCCAAGGCAUGUUGACCUCUAGAGGAAAUCCUGACCAAGGAAAGAAAAUGUUAAUUAUUUCAUUUCUUUUGUGGUGUGAGAUAUUGCAUUUUAAUAACAAUUACUGGACAUAUCAAAUAUUUAGGUGUGCAGCUCAUGAAGGGGUCUUGACCAACAAAUUUAGCUUACAUCUUGGAGCAUGUACAUGUGCUUGCCGUUCAUACUUAGAAGAAAUGUCACCGGAAUAGUAUUUUGGAAGGGUGCCUAUAUGAAUAAAUAUAAAAUGGCCAACAGGUAAUGCCUUGGUGGAUGUAUUUCAAAUCCAUCCCUUCCCCUAAUUCUUGAAUUGGAAAGUUUAUGUUGAGGAUGUUCACACAUCCUUAUAAAUCGUUUUAUAAUGUGUAUUUAUGGCUUGAUUGUUAAGAGGGAAUAUUCCAGGUCUAACAUGGCUACCAUUUUACCUCACAUAAAUUAUGCAGUCCCAGGAUAUCACAAAAGGUCUUGUAAAAUUUCAGUUUUGAUGAGUUUUCCAAUCCAUAAAGUUAGUGACGAGCACAUUCACAAUGCAAAGAAUGAGUCGUGAUAUUUAGCCAAAAAAAAUAGGGAGUACAGAAUUACCCAGGAGUUAGACAGUGUUGCCAAUUGUGAGGAAAUUAAAGUAAAAUAAUUCCUAGAGAAGACAUUAAACCAAAUGGGAGUGCAAAAUGUUUACUUACAGAUAAUUACAGGGGUGAGAUUGUAUUUGGUUUUAGUUCCUCAAACUGGAUGACUCUUGGUGUCCAUUUUAGCUCAGUUUUUUCCUUCGGGCGAAACAUUACAAUGCUACUGAUGCUGUUCUUUAAGUGGCUGUUUAUGCCAAGUGUCUCAUCAAAACUGUGUUUCAGCAAAACGUCUUGAUAUCUGGGGAGAAGGUUCACAAUGCUUGCAGAUUUUAGGAAUAAUAGUUAGGAUUAUGAUGUCUAUUUUGCAUUAAUCAUUGUCCUGCAACUUAUGCACUGUAAUAUGACUUUUGUAAGUAGGAUAUUCAAGUAGAACCCCAAAUAUACUCAUUUCUUUGCAAGUAUCAAAAACGUGAAUAAUUUAUUUCAUGUUGGCACCCAAUUAAUACAGGUUGGGUACCCUUCCAUAGCAAUUUUCAAGUGUCCUGCCCUAACUAUCGUUUGUUAGGGCUAGAAGAAUGCAUCCGCCAAGUUUGGGCUUGUCUGUCACAGUCCUGUCAGAAAUAAAAAUGAACGUAAACCACCUCA